AUGUCACACUGCUUCCUGGGACUUCAUUGUGCAGCCAGAACACGAGAAGACAAGCUCCAGGAUCCCUAUCCCUGUCUGCCCUCUGACCGAGCGCCCCUCCGCUGCGGGCUUCUCCUCGCUCCCCGGGGCAGAGCUGCGGCACUGGAGAGCAGCGUCCUGGGGCCGGGCCAGGAGACCGGCCUGAGUGUGCAGGACCCGGCCCAGGACUGUCAGCCCGCCCCCCUGCCUGCUCUCCUCAGGGAAAUCGUCACCGGAAGCUUCUCCAAGCCUGAGAGCCCAGCCCUGCUGUCGGCCACAGAGAUGGCAUCAAUGCUGUCGCUGCAGGAGGAGAACCAGUUGCUGCAGCAGGAGUUGUCCCGCGUGGAGGACCUGCUGGCCCAGAGCCGUGCCGAGCGUGAUGAGCUGGCCAUCAAGUACAACGCGGUCAGCGAGAGGCUGGAGCAGGCUGUGCGGCUGGAGUCUGGGGAGCUGGAAACACAGGAGCCCAGGGGGCUGGUACGGCAGAGCGUGGAGCUGCGGAGGCAGCUGCAGGAGGAGCAGGCCUCCUACCGACGAAAGCUGCAGGCCUACCAGGAGGGCCAGCAGCGGCAAGCCCAGCUCGUGCAACGGCUGCAGGCCAAGAUUCUCCAGUACAAGAAGAAGGGCUCAGAGCUGGAGCAGCAGCUGUUGGAGAGAUCCACAGAGCUGGAGCAGCAGCGGCUGAGGGACACAGAGCACAGCAGAGACCUGGAGAGCGCCCUCAUCCGCCUGGAGGAGGAGCAGCAGAGGAGCAGCAGCCUGGCCCAGGUGAACGCUAUGCUCCGGGAGCAGCUGGACCAGGCGAGCUCAGCCAAUCAGGCUCUGAGAGAGGACAUACGCAAGGUGACCAGUGACUGGUCACGCAGUCGCAAGGAGCUGGAGCAGCGGGAGGUGGCGUGGAGGCGUGAGGAGGAGUCCUUCAACGCCUACUUCAGCAACGAGCACAGCCGCCUGCUCCUCCUCUGGAGGCAGGUUGUGGGGGUCCGGCGACUGGUCAACGAGGUGAAGAUGUCUACCGAGAGAGAUCUGCUGCAGUUGGGAGGGGAGCUGGCCCGGACCUCACGAGCUGUCCAGGAAGCGGGACUGGGGCUGAGCGCGGGCCUGCAGCUGGCCGAGAGCCGGGCCGAGGCAGCCCUGGAGAAGCAGGCGCUGCUGCAGGCCCAGCUGGAGGAGCAGCUGCGGGGCAAGGUGCUGCAGGAGGAGGGCCUGGCCCAGCUGCAGAUGCAAAGCAACCUGGACAAGGCCGACUUCAAUGCCAGAAUGACAGAGCUGGCCCUGACAGUGGAGCGCCUUCAGAACCAGAACCUGGAGAAGGAUCGGGUCAACAAGGCCCUCACUGAGAAGCUUGAGGCCCUGGAAGCCCUGCAGCUCCAGGAGCAGCCCGCCCUGGACACAGAGGAGGGCGAGGGGCUGCAGCAGACCUUGAGGGACCUGGCACAGGCCGUUCUGUCCGACAUGGAGAGCGGUGUUCAGCUAAGUGGCUCCGAGCACACCGCUGAUGCGUCAGAGGGCAGUCUGCGGGGGCUCUCGGGCCCCCGGACUCCAUCCCCAUCGAGGCGCUCCUCGCCCGGCCGCGGUCGCUCCCCGCGCCGAGGCCCAUCCCCAGCCUGUUCGGACUCCUCCGUGCUAGCCCUGAUCCACUCCGCCCUGCACAAACGCCAGCUACAGGUCCAGGACAUGCGUGGGCGCUACGAGGCCAGCCAGGACCUCCUGGGCACACUGCGGAAGCAGCUUAGUGACAGCGAGGGUGAGCGCCGUGCCCUGGAGGACCAGCUGCAGCGUCAGCGGGACAAGACCGACGGGGCCACCCAGGCCCAGGAGGAUGCCCAGCGCGAGGCCCAGCGUCUGCGGAGUGCCAUCGACCUCCUGAACAGGGAGAAGGACAGUCUGGCCCAUAGCCUGCAGGCGGCCCAGCAGCAGGCUGAGGAGCUGCGGCAGGAGCGGGAGAAACUACAGGUGACACAGGAGGAGCUGCGGCGCCAGCGGGACCAGCUGGAGGAAGAGAAGGAGGACACAGAGCAGGAUCGUGCGCGGGCACGCAGGGAGCUCGAGCGGAGCACUAGACAACUAGAGCAGCUGGAGGUGAAGCGCUCAGGGCUGGCGAAGGAGCUGGUGGAGGUGAGGGAGGCGCUGAGCUGUGCCACGCUGCAGCGGGACAUGUUGCAGGCUGAGAAGGCCGAGGUGGCCGAGGCGCUGACCAAGGCUGAGGCUGGCCGCAUGGACCUCGAGCUCGCGAUGACCAAGCUGAGGGCAGAGGAGGCCUCUCUGCGGGACGCCUUGUCCAAGCUGAGCGCCCUCAACGAGAGCCUCGCACAGGACAAGCUGGGCCUGAACCACCUCGUCGCCCAGCUGGAGGAGGAAAAGGCAGCCCUGCUGGGCCAGCAGCGGCGAGUGGAGCAGGAGGCCACCCUGGCGAGGGAGGAGCAGGAGCGGCUGGAACAGCUUCGGCUGGAGCAGGAGGUGGAUCGACAGGGCCUGGAGGGCUCCUUGCGGGUGGCAGAGCAGGCCCGGGAGGCCCUGGAGCACCAGGUCCCCACACUGCGCCAGGAGCGCUGCCGGCUGCAGGAGCAGCUGGCCCAGCUCUCCCGGCAGCUGAGCGGGCGGGAGCAUGAGCUGGAGCAGGCACGGCGGGAGACACAACGGCAGGUAGAGGCGCUGGAGCGGGCGACCCGGGAGAAGGAGGCGCUGGCCAAGGAGCGGGCCGGUCUGGCUGUGCAGCUGGCGGCAGCUGAGCGUGAAGGCCGAACCCUAUUGGAGGAAGCCACACGCCUGCGCUUGGAGAAGGAAGCCCUGGAGAGCAGCCUGUUUGAGGUGCAGCGGCAGCUGGCCCAGCUCGAGGCCCGUCGGGAGCAGCUGGAAGCUGAUGGGCAGGCCCUGCUUCUGGCCAAGGAGGCCCUGACGGGAGAACUGGCAGGCCUCCGGCAGCAGAUGACAAUGGCAGAGGAGAAGGCGGCCCUGGACAAGGAGCUGAUGGCCCAGAAGCUGGUGCAGGCUGAGCGGGAGGCCCAGGCCUCUCUGCGGGAGCAGCGGGCAGCCCACGAGGAGGACGUGCAGCGACUCCAGCGAGAGAAGGAGGCAGCAUGGCGGGAGCUGGAGGCAGAACGGGCCCAACUGCAGAGUCAGCUGCAGCGGGAGCGGGAGGAGCUGCUGGCCAGGCUGGAGGCCGAGAAGGAGGAGCUGAGCGAGGAGAUCCAUGCCCCCAAGACCAACUAACCCCCCAGGCCCUUCGCUCUCUGCCUCUGCCAGGCCCUGUCGCUAAAGGAGUCUGAGAAGACGGCGCUGACGGAGAAACUGGUGGGUACACAGCACAGCCUGACCGCCAUCUCCCUGGAGAUGGAGCGACAGAAGCGAGAUGCUCAGAGCCGGCAGGAGCAGGACCGGGGCACCAUGAACACCCUGACAUCCGAGCUGCGGGACCUGCGGGCCCAGCUUGAGGAGGCUGCCGCGGCCCAUGCUCAGGAGGUGAAGAGGCUGCAGGAGCAGGCCCGAGACCUGGGCAGGCAGCGGGAAUCCUGCGUGCGCGAGGCAGAGGAGCUUCGGACUCAGCUGCGCCUGCUGGAGGAUGCCCGUGAUGGGCUGCGGCGGGAGCUGCUGGAGGCCCAGCGCAAGGUACGAGAGAGCCAGGAUGGCCGUGAGGCCCAGCGGCAGGAGGCGGCCGAGCUGCGGCGCAGCCUGGGUGAGGGCGCCAAGGAGCGCGAGGCCCUGCGGCGGUCCAACGAGGAGCUGCGGGCUGCCGUGAAGAAGGCCGAGAGCGAGCGGAUCAGCCUGAAGCUGGCCAAUGACGACAAGGAGCAGAAACUGGCGCUCCUCGAAGAGGCUCGGGUGGCCAUGGGCAAGGAGGCCGGGGACCUGCGGGCCGGGCUGCAGGAGGUGGAGCGCUCUCGGCUGGAGGCUCGGAGGGAGCUGCAGGAGCUCCGGCGGCAGCUCCAGGGAGCCCAGCGGAAGCUGCAGGAGCAAGAAGGCGAGUUCCGAGCCCGCGAGCGAGGCCUGGUAGGCAACCUGGAGGAGGCGCGCAGCGCGGAGAAGCAGCAGCUGGACCACGCACGCAGCCUGGAGCUGAAGCUGGAGGCGGCUCGGGCCGAGGCUGCGGAGCUGGGGCUGCGGCUGAGCGCGGCCGAGGGCCGGGGACAAGGCCUGGAGGUUGAGCUGGCCCGCGUGAAGGCCCAGCGUCGCGCGGCGGAAGCCCAACUGGGUGGCCUGCGAUCUGCCCUGCGCCGGGUUCUGGGUCUGGGCCGCGCUCCCAGUCCCGCCCUCAGUUCCACUGGGCGGCAGGCGCUCGGCUCCCUUGCCCGUUGCCCACCAAUCAGAGGAAGUGGGGACGGGCCCAGCAGCCCCAGCCCCUUGGAACGUAGCCCUGGAUCUGAGCCACCGUCCCCAGGACCUGCUACCUCCCCGACGUCUCCAGACCUGGACCCAGAGGCCGUGCGUGGGGCCCUCCGGGAUUUCCUGCAGGAGCUGCGGAGCACCCAGAGAGAACGGGAUGAGUUUCGGGCCCAGACCAGUGCCCUGAGUCGCCAGCUGGUGGAGAUGGAGGCCGAGAGGGACAGUGCAACCCUCGAGGGCAAGGCGGCUGCAGAAGGCUCUCGGCGCAGCGUGGACGGGCGGCUGAGCGGGGCCCAGGCGGAGCUGGCGCUGCAGGAGGACAGUGUGCGACGCAGCGAGCGGGAGCGCCGGGCUGCCCUCGACCAGGUGGCCGCCCUGGAGAGGAGCCUGCAGGCCACCGAGAGCGAGCUCCGGGCCAGCCAGGAGAAGAUCAGCAAGAUGAAGGCCAAUGAGGUGAAGCUGGAGAGUGACAAGCGGCGCCUGAAGGAGGUGCUGGACGCCUCUGAGAGCCGCACCAUCAAGCUUGAGCUGCAGCGGCGCUCGCUCGAGGGGGAACUGCAGCGCAGCCGCCUGGGCCUGAGCGACCGGGAGGCCCAGGCCCAGGCCCUCCAGGAGCGGGUGGACUCCCUGCAGAGACAGGUGGCAGACAGUGAAGUGAAGGCAGGGACUCUGCAGCUGACAGUGGAGCGGCUGAACGGGGCCCUGGCCAAGGUGGAGGAGAGCGAGGGGGCCCUGCGUGACAAGGUGAAGGGCCUGUCGGAGGCCCUGGCCCAGAACAGCGCCAGCCUCACCAGCACCCAGGACAAGAAUCUGCAACUGCAGAAGGCCCUGGCGGCUUGUGAACAUGACCGCCAAGUGCUCCAGGAACGGCUGGAGGCUGCUCGGCAGGCGCUAUCCGAGGCCCGGAAGCAAAGCGGCGCCCUAGCUGAGCAGGUGCAGACAAUGCGGGGCGAGAUGGCGGACCUGGAGCUGCAGCGGGCGGAGGCUGAGGGCCAGCUGCAACAGCUGCGGGAGGUGCUGCGGCAGCGGCAGGAGGCUGAGGCUGCGGCCCUGCACACGGUCCAGAAGCUGCAGGACGAGCGGCGGCGGCUGCAGGAGCGCCUGGGCGGCCUGCAGCGCGCUCUGGCUCAGCUGGAGGCUGAGAAGCGGGAGGUGGAGCGGUCAGCCCUGAGGCUGGAGAAGGACCGGGUGGCCCUCAAGAAGACGCUGGACAAGGUAGAGCGGGAGAAGCUCCGCAGCCACGAGGACACAGUGCGGCUUAGUGCCGAGAAGGGCCGCCUGGACCGCACUCUCACGGGGGCCGAGCUGGAGCUGGCCGAGGCCCAGAGGCAGAUCCAGCUGCUGGAGGCCCAGGUGGUGGUGCUGGAGCAGGACCAGAGCCCAGUCGGGCUGGAGGCACUGGAGGCAGAGGAGCAGCAACAGCUGGAGCUGCAGCAGGAGGUUGAGCGCCUGCGCAGUGCCCAGGUGCAGACAGAACGCACCCUGGAGGCGCGGGAGCGGGCCCACCGGCAGCGGGUGCGUGGGCUGGAGGAGCAGGUGUCCACACUGAAGGGGCAUUUGCAGCAGGAGCUUCGGAGGAGCUCAGCGUCCUUCUCCCCCGCCUCUGGGCCCCCAGAGAAAUGAGCCCUUUCCCGGCCGGUACCUGGGGCAGAAGAGGGCCUCCUCUCCACAACCCACUCAAGAGCCUGGGCCUGUCGGGGCCACCAGAGCUCAGAUGGGGUGAGGAGGAGCCGAGGUGGCAGUUCUGGGAGCUGGGGGACUCCAGUGCAGGCCCGACCCAGCAGUGGCUUCUCAGCAUCAUCAGAGUCACGUGCCGUCUCUGGGCCCCCCUCAGUCCAGCCCCUCCCCGGGUGAGCCACUCCACACUCUACAAGGUCCUCGCUGAGGGGCUGAGCCGAAGCCAGGGUCAGGGUGGCCGGCCCGGAAGCAGGCCCCUGGAGCGUGGGCUCAUGGGAAGCAGGAGGGGUGCCCAGGCCUAGGGCAGGGGUCAGAGACCCAGGCCCUGCCCUGGCUUCCCAGGGGUCUCUCUGCCUUAGCGCAGAGUGUUUGUCAGGAAAUCCCUUCGAGUUCAGAGUCCCUGUAUUUUUGUACCUUUUUAUAAUGUUAACUGUUCAGAACUGUUUGUGUGUUUUUACAAGACCCUAUUUUC